CCACUGUCCAGGGGACAAUAUAAAACGGGUCAGAACCUCUGCUCUGCCUGUUCAAUUCCUUCCCAGCAGCAGCCGCUCCAGGGACAAAGCCGUCAUGCAGCCCCGGGUCCUCCUUGUUGCUGCCCUCCUGGCGCUCCUGGCCUCUGCCCGAGCCGCGGAGCAGGACGAGGCCUCCCUCCUGGAUUUCAUGCAUGACUACGUGCAGCAGGCGAGCGAGACGGCCCAAGUCGCCCUGACCAGCGUGCAGGACUUCCCGGUGGCCCAGCAGGCCAGGGCCUGGAUGACAGACGGCAUCAGCUCCCUGAAGGACUACUGGAGCUCCCUCACGGGCAAGCUCUCCAGCCUCUGGGACCUGGCCCCCGAGGCCCCCGAGGCCACCGCAGCUCCCGCCGCCGUUUAAGCCACCCGAGACCUUAACGCCCCACGCCUGCCUGCCCAUCCACCCUGCCGGCUCCUUGGGUCCUGCGCCUCCAGGGCUGCCCCCAAGUUCCCUCCCAAGGGACAGCGUUCUCAGGGUCCUCCCCUCCCACCCCAGCCCGGCCCCAGCAUGCCGUCUUCCCAAUAAAGCUGCUGUGAGUGGGGCGU